AUGGCCCUGACAGAGUAUGGUAGGUGGGCGAGCUUAGGGUGUAAGGUAACGACCAAGAGUCUUGACUCCUUUUAUUAUAUAUUAGGAUGGAGUAUGGCUGCGCCGAGGAACGAGGUGUUGCUCCUCGGCUCCCCACAGGGAGCUCCACAGUGGUCUAAAGAUUGGCAUAGUAGUGCUUACCAUAUGGCAAUCAUUGGUUAUCAAGGUAGUGUUACAACUUGCUUAGCUUCUUGUGAAGGGAUAGACAACACAAAUUGGAAUGCGCCCAGGGAGUUUAGUAUCAAAGAAGAGCUCAGCGAAGAUGUCACUGAAGAUACAUGCCUUGAAAUAAAAGAGGAACCACUAGAUGGGGAUGAAGGGAGAAAUGAUGUGUGUAAUGUGAAUGUGAUGCAUGAAAGUCAUUUCUAUCAUGAUCUUCAUGAUCUAAAACAUGAGGUACAUGCAAAAGACUCGAGUAACUUGGUUCAUGAUUGUAAUGACAUGUCAAAAGUGUCAUUUAGGGCUAAGGACUGUGGGAAGACGUAUUCAUCAGAUGGGGUUCAAGUGAUGUGUGAGGAAAGACUGAAGGAGGAAACACAACUAAAAGUGGAAUCCAAAAGGAAAUGUUUUGCGUGUGAGGUGUGUGGUAAGGAAUUGUCUCAAAAGAGUCAUAUCAGCAUUCACAUGAGAGUCCACACAAAGGAGAAGCCAUACAACUGUGAAAUUUGCAACACUACCUUCCACGAAAAAAUAAUUUUGGUGAGACAUAUGAGAAUACAUGCAAGUGAGAAGCAUACAGCUGUGAGAUUUGCAAUAAAGCCUUUUCUGGAGAAGUCACCCUUUUAA